AUGCUACCAGCAAGACUCAAGAUGAUCAUUCCCAAACUCAUCAGUGAGCAUCAAGGAGCUUUCAUACAAGGAAAACAAAUACAAGAUGGAAUUCUCAUUGAAGGAGAACUGAUUGAUACCAGAUUAAAAUCCAAGAAACCAGAUGCCACACUAAUUUUCAUUGAUGCAAAGGAGGAGGAGGUGGAGAACUUAUUAAUGAUACUCCAAGUAUAUGAAGCAAUCACUGACCUUAGGGUGAAUUUGGAGAAGAGUAUUGUGAUAAGUAUUGGUGCUGACCAUAAAAUUAAUGAUUUAGCGAGGAUUCUCAACUGUAAAAUUGAAGCUCUACCUAUCAAGUAUCUUGGAAUGGCUCUUGGUGCAACAAGAAAACAAACCAGCAUAUGGGAUGCCAUUCUGGAAAAAUUCAAGUCAAAACUUGCAAAGUGGAGAAGAAGAUUUCUAUCUAAAUCUGCGAGAAUCGAGCUGAUAAAUAGUGCUUUAGCAAGUUUACCCAUAUACUUCAUGUCAUUGAUUCAAAUGCCAGCUUCAGUUGAAAAGAAAAUAAUGAAAUACAUAAGGGAUUUUCUUUGGGGAGCUUUUGUGGAGAAAAGAAAAAUAUGUUGGAUUGGAUCGGAUAGGGUGCAAAAGCCUAGAAAUUUGGUGGUUUGGGAAUUAGGAAUCUCAAAGCUACUAAUAGUGCCUUAA